GCAAAAAGAAGGAGGUCAUUGUUGGGGAGACGGCAAACAUAUAAAGGGGCGCAGAGCAAGUGGAAGGAAGACAAGGAGAAGGCGCUCGCUCUUAUUUUGGAGGAGUACAAACUUUUAGAGGCAGCCAUCAUGACGAUUCUCAUCAGAGACCUCCUCCUCCCCCUGGUGAUGACCGGCCUGGUCUCCUUCAAGGGUUACGCUCCCUUGCCUGUGUCGUCGCCAGAGCCUGCGGAAGCGAACCCGACUGACGACUAUGAUCAACUUGACGAAAUCACCACGACGACCACGCCUGCGAAAGGGCCGACGCGCGGAGGGAAACCUCAGCGCUGCAACUACAACCCCUGUCUGGAGAAUCAGACCUCUUGUUUUGACCUAUCGGCCUCCACUGGCUGCUCAUGUCCAGGGUUAACGUUACACAAUGUCCCUCCAGAGGCUCCAUGGAUGAAAUCUGUAUCCUGGAAUGGGUCGGAGGUUAUAAUCCAGUGGUGUGCCCCUUAUUCAUAUGUUACAUCUUAUUCUGUAACAGUAGGAGGGAAGGAGACGCAGAUGUUCAGGGAGGACCAGAGGAGCGGAGCACUGGGUCACAUAGAUCACAUAACAGAAGUUUGUGUAGCUGCAUUGAAUGACAAUGGAAGGGGCCAAGAGGCUUGUAGGAUGUACCACCCCACAGACAACAGCCUGCCUCUGAAAGCAGGACUCAUCGGCGGCGCUCUGGUCCUCCUGGUCCUGGUUCUGCUGGGGGUCCUGCUCUGGCACAGGAGACAGCGGAAACAGGAGGCCAGCAUCUCUGUGCGUGACACUCAUUAGACGCCGUGAACAAAGAACAGACUGGACGCUCUGAGAGAUAAGGCCGAGUCCGGGGACGCUCCCAACUCCAGCUGUGGUUCUGCAGGAAGACGGAGAGAUAUAUCUGACUGGAAAUGUCACUGAGUUUCCCCCACGUCAGAAUAACUUUCUAAUGUUAGAAUAAUUAUUUAAUAGGAACAGACGCCACACUAAAACAUAUUUAUCCAAUAUAGUUUGUUGGAACUAAGUUCCCUGAAACUCUCUGUGAGAGGCUCAUUAUGUCCAGUGUUUCAUAACAGAUUAUGUGAAUGUAUGCUGUAUUUAUGAACUUGAAAUACAUGAUGAUUGUUUUAAACGAAUCCAAAUAAGUUUGGAGAAGCACACUAAAGUUUAGAGCACAUAGAACUGAGCUGCUGGAACUGGUUCUAUUGGACAAUAAAUGUCUGUUAAUGGCUCCCGCCGUUUAAUUAAAAGUGAAACUUUUCCUGA